UCUAGAAUGACUAGAAUUGUGGCUGUCCAAAAUUCUUCAGUGCGCCGCUGUUCCUCGUACGGAGCAUGGUCCUAUGCGGCGGCAAGCACGCAAAGGAAAGUUUCGGUGACAUCAUAAACCUAUUGUUUAACGUUAACACCUUCUAUGCCGCAGUAACCAUUUAAUAACAUGUGGAAAUUCAUAACUCGUGGUAUCCGCGAAACCCUAGAACGUCGCGCGUGCCGCACGAACGUUUAUUCGCAAACGCCUCAAGAGCCUAACACGAAGAACGAGGUUAAAACCAGUUUGACGUGUAAUCACAAGUUCCUGGCACCGAGCUUCUCUAUUUUCAAUAAGGAAUUCUGCGGCUCGACGAAAACUGCCGGAACCAAAGACAAGGAUUAUGACUCCAAGUACAAUACAAAAUACACUUGGUCGGAUGCCAUAGGAUGGUCUAGUGUGUUGGCUGUUGGAUGGGUUGUUUGCCAAUCAUUAUGUCUUCGAAGAAGACUCUUUGAGAAGGAAAAAGAUUUAAAGUUCAAAAGCAAAUUGUCACAAAUUCCUGAAACCCGUACUUCAUACUUGAUCAGUCAAGUACUAAACUUAAGACCAAAGCAUAUACUACCUAGUAUCAAUUGUAUUGGCAAUAAUAAAAUAUAUGCUCAGGAGAAUAGUGAAUCAGAUUGGUAUCCUGACAAACCAUAUGGACCAAUCACCGUUGAAGAGGCCCUAAUUGAAGCCACUGAAGAAUUUGCUAAUACGCAUAAAUUAGCAGUAGCUGAGUUUGAGCUCCAUUACGGUCUGAAAGCUUUAGAAGAGAGACGUUACAACGAUGCUCUAAAACAUUUUACUGCUGGCGCAAGCCUAUCAUCAGCCGCUAGUAUGUUCAAUUUAGGUUUGUGUCAUGAGCUAGGUCUCGGGACACUGGUCGAUCAUGUGAAGGCUGCGAAAUAUUAUAGCGAUGCAGCAGACCAAGGCCAUGCGGACGCUACCUAUAAUUUAGGAGUUUAUCAUGCCCAAGGUAGAGGUGGUUUCACGGUAGAUAUCAAUAGGGCGCGAGAUUAUUUCGUGAAAGCGGCGGAGUUAGGCCAAAGCCAGGCACAGCAUGCGUUAGAUUUGGAGAAACGUCAUUACCAAUCGAGACAAAAAGAAAACGAUACAAUCUUCCUUGAUGAACGUAGAAGUAUCGUGAAAACUUUACCAAAUAACAAGAACGUGAAUCAGAUGCUUAAAAAGUUGAUUAGUUACAACAAUUCCUUAAGCACUCAGUCUCAAGUAGAAUUUUUAGAAGAUUCAGACAGUCAGCAAUCUAUGCUGGGAUAUACAAAUCCGACACAGUUAUUUUUGAAUAUGCUCGGCAUAAACGAGCCAAGUAUGUUGCCAGUUACCGUGGAGUGAGAUAAUCGUAGCGUGCCAUGUUAGGGUGUAAGGAUAGAACUAUCGACAGUGAAAAUACGAUCGUCUUUUAUAAUUUAAAAAUUCCUCUGCAACGGAAUUCCUUUUUAUAACGUUUAUUAUAUUAUUAAGAUAAAAAAUAUCGUAUUCUCCCUUCCAUAGUUCUUAAUUUUAUGACAUAAUCUGUUUAUUACAUAAUAAAUAGGAUCUCAAUGGAAAAAAUAUAUUUAUUUAACAUUGUGUUCUUUUAAAGCAUAUUGUUCAUACAAAUGUGCUGUUAACUACUUUGCUUCUAUGAUUAACUUGUCAUUUGUAUCAUAUAAACUCAUUAACUAUCACGAAUAUUUUCUCCUUCCAAUUUUAUGUAUGUGUGCGGACUCUUAUUGAAUGACUUAAAAAGUAUAACUCCAAAAUAAUAUGUGGUAUAUACUAUUAUCUGUGAUGAUACAUAGAUUAUAUAUAUUUACGUUAAGCAUAUAACAUAUUAUCUUAUGUAACAUACACGUAUACAUGUAAUAUAUCAUUUUUUGUUUAAAAUACAUCGUUUUUUUGUAAA